AUGCAGCCGCUGCUUGUAGUUUUGGCGCUGAUAUGCGUGGAGUCGAGCCGGGGGUUUGGAGGCGGUAUGCGGUCUGGCAUGGACAUGGGAAUCGGGUUUUCGCGAAGAAUCAAAGACCCCGAACCACAUCCGAGCAUUCCGCAAGAUGGCGCCAGCAGUGAUGAGUGGUACGAUCAGAAGCUCGAUCAUUCCAGUGAUUCAGACGGUACUACAUGGAAACAGAGGUUCUUCAGGAGAGAAACAUUCUACAAUUACGGCAAAAGCCAGAAUAUGACGAACAUGCCAAUGUUCGUGAUGAUUGGCGGAGAGGGGGAGGCCAGUCCAUCCUGGAUGCAGGGCGGCUAUUGGAUUGAGCCGGCCCAGAAAUACAACGCUUUGCUUUUCAUGUUGGAGCACAGAUUCUAUGGAAAGAGUCAACCAACAGAGGAUUUGUCUUUGGACAACAUCCAAUACCUGCACAGCCAACUGGCGCUGGCCGAUCUGGUCAGGUUCAUUAAGAGUAUGAAGGAGGAAUACGGCAUGACAGACGAGAACAAGGUGAUCUGUUUCGGUGGCUCCUAUCCGGGCAAUCUGGCCUCCUGGGUGCGAAUCUUAUAUCCAAAUAUUAUCCAUGCCUCAGUGGCAUCCAGUGCUCCAGUCGAGGCCAAGGUCGACUUCCAUGAAGCUCUCCGAUUGGCUGAUGGGUUGGCGUUCGGGAAUAAGCUGAUUCGGAAAGCUGACUGGUCGAGAAUCAGCGAAUUGAAGAGCUUCCUGCCCUGCCGACUCGUCUGA